UCGGCUGUCAUGAGGAAGACACAGCUGGAUUUCCUUUUAUGAAAUUGACCUUAUGUUUGCUCUCAUUUGGAGUAUUUAAACAGCAAGUAUGACCUUUGGAUAUAAAUAUUAUAAGAUUGUCACAGUAUAAAAAGGUGAAGAUAAUAGAAGGAGGUGUUGGAGCGGUGCAUCAUGGGGGAGGUCACACUGUCCAUAUCCCAUGCUUCAUUAUCUGUUGUAGUGUAGUGUAUAUCAUAAGGUAUUACAUCAUGUUUCAUCUUUAUCAUUGAAUUAUUGCGAACAUUUUUGCAACCAUGCUGUACACUGCCCAGGUUGGAAAUAUCACCGCCUGGAUUUAACCAAGCAAAUAGGUUGAUGGGCGGGUGCGGUGCGGCACGGCGCAGGGCCUGUCAAAUGAAGGUUGCCAUCAGCUGGAACUAUGCAGAAACGCAACAUCCGGAUCAUAGAAUGGGAAGACUUGGACAAGAGGAAGUUCUACUCCCUUGGCGUGUUCAUGACCUUAACCACGCGCGCCACUGUCUACCCCUUCACUCUAAUCCGAACUCGUUUGCAGGUCCAGAAAGGGAAGUCGCUUUACAACGGCACUUUUGACGCCUUCUGUAAGAUCCUUAAAGCUGAAGGUGUUCAGGGUUUAUACCGGGGCUUCAUGGUCAACACCUUCACGCUGAUCUCGGGUCAAGCCUACAUCACCACCUACGAGCUGGUCAGGAAGUACGUCUCCCAGUACUCCUCUAACAACACCCUGAAGUCCCUGGUAGCCGGUGGCUGUGCCUCGCUGGUGGCCCAGAGCAUCACCGUGCCCAUCGACGUAGUCUCUCAACAGCUCAUGAUGCAAGGCCCGGGGGAACAUCUCACACGCUUUAAGCUCAAGCCCAAGAUGGCCGUCGCCACAUCUAAGCACAAAGUGACUUUUGGGCAGACUCGAGACAUUACAGUGCAGAUUUUUGCUGCGGAUGGUUUUCGGGGGUUUUACCGCGGCUAUGUGGCGUCGCUUCUCACCUACAUCCCCAACAGCGCAGUCUGGUGGCCUUUUUAUCACUUUUAUGCAGAACAGUUGUCCCGACUGGCGCCGUCCGACUGCCCUCACCUUCUCCUGCAGGCCGUGGCCGGGCCUAUGGCUGCUGCCACCGCCUCCACACUCACCAACCCCAUGGAUGUUGUGAGAGCCAGAGUGCAGGUGGAAGGCCGUUCAUCUGUUAUUGAAACAUUUAAGCAGCUUAUUGCUGAGGAAGGCAUGUGGGGCUUCUCCAAGGGUCUCUCUGCUCGCAUCAUCUCGUCCCUGCCGACUUCCAUCCUCAUCGUCAUCGGCUACGAGACCCUGAAGAGGCUCAGCCUGCGACCUGAGCUCGUCCACACAAGACAAUGGUGACGAGCAGGCUCCAGGACAUGUACAGAUACAUACACACAAGGCUGACCUAGUGUGUGUGUGGGUUGCCUUUUAACGUUGCCUUGUUUGAUAUUUUAACCGAAAGUUAGCCAGUACAAGCAGGAUAUUUGGGAAGAGGACCAGACAGUAGAGGACGUACAUUAUAUUUGGUCACGUAUGGUUUCAGGAAAGCGUUACAUGAACUAGGACGAAUGUUCAUGUUUGAUGCCAAAAUGUCAAUGUCAAAUCGUUAUCAGAUAUCAGAGUUGUAUUUUAAAAUAAUCCCUAAAAUAAUGCUCUAUUUGAGCUUGAAUGAAGUUACUUGAAAAAAAAAAAAAAAAAAAACUUAACAGUCAGAGAAAAUCGACACUGAUGUUUUCUACAGUAUUUACACUGCAAAAGUGUGUUGUGUGUACAUCUUUGUGUGCAUACGGUUUCAUAGUGAAUUAUACAUGUUCUUUUGUAAUGUAAGGAUCUUAGUGAUGUGUAAUAUAUCAGAAGAUAAUUAUAUAAGAAAUGUAACUCUUUUUAAAAUCACUUUAGCCGUCAUCUGAAUCAGAUGGCUGGUGCGAUUAAGACGUGAAUGAGAAAUGGCUAUGACGAUCAUGGUGGAUGUAUGUAUAGUCGUGAAUGUGUAGUUCACAUGAUUGUGGUCACCCUUUUACUCACAUUGUCUUUUCUUCCCCCAUAACACACCUUGUAUUGUACAAAUAUGGGAAAAAAUAUGUUGUGGAUGCGGGUAAAGUUUUAGGUUCAUUGUGUAAUGUUUAAGUGUCUAAACCUGUGUGUGAGAGAGACGCAUUAAACAUUGGAUUAUCACAA